UGUCGCUAGGCAAGAUAGCAGCGCGAGCUAUGCCAUAACUGAGACCUGCCGCCGAUUGCUGCCGCUCUAUCGACCCACUCAGACGCGGAGGGUCUCAUACAUUUUGCUCGCCAAUUUCGCGCAUGACUUACAUUGCUCCGAGUCUUCCACAGACCUCAUGCGCAGAGUAUAGAAGGCGUCCUAUUUCCCUCCAAAUUUUGUUUCUCGUCACUCGUCUUUCAGCCUCCUCCACCUCUCAUCUUCCCACUCGACGUUAACCCGUCAACUACUUCGCUACAAUGGCUAUACAGUCAUCCAUCACGGGUGCCCUCGUCGCUUCUCUCGCGCUUUUCGGAGCGGCACACGCUGCAGUGGACGUAGACUUGACUUAUUUCCCCACGAACCCGGCGGGCUCUAUCGCGAAUGUGGUGCUCGACAAUUACAUGGGAAUCAGUUGGGAGUUGAGCUCAUUCAACACGCUUUGGGGCAACAACACCUCCGGCACACCCAAGGCCAUGCAGAACUACCUCUCCAACAUCGCAGCUCGCAUCUCUAACCCUCUCCGCAUGCGUGUCGGCGGCGAUACUAUGGAAUUCUCCAAUUAUAGUUCGGCCUUGACCAAAACCAUGCUGAAGCACCUCGACGUGAAGAAAAACUAUACCGUCGCCACCACCUAUGGUCCCGUCUUGUUCGACGUCAUGAACAAGAUGGCGGAUGAUGUAGGAGAGAUGCAGUUCUUGACGGGCUUAAGCAUGCACAAGGCGCCUGAGAACGGUGGAGACGCUGAGGCGCUGAAGGUGGCCAGCGUGGCGACGGAGAAGCUAGGGUCAAGGCUAGAUGCGUUUUUGCUUGGAAACGAACCCGAUUUGUACCAGGACCACAAGAACCGCAAAGUGUACAACAUCUCGGACUACAUUGGAGAGGUGGAUUACAUCGUCAACGACCUUACGACAGGGCCCUACGGUGAUCUGAGAUCGAAGGACUCCCUCGCUGGUCCCUCAAUCUGCUGUGACUGGGAGUUGUCGGAUGUUCUGAAUGCUGGGCUUGCGGGCGAGAACUAUAAAUACUACGCCGUGCAGCACUACCCGGACAUUUACUGUUUUGGACCCACCGCCUCCAACACAAACAUCUCCAAUUACCUCACUCACACGUCUGCCGUCUCGUACUCGGGUUUCCAGUCUGCUGGUGUAGCCUCGGCGACUGCGGCAGGCAUUCCCGUUAUCAUGAGUGAGGCCAACACGUGCGCUUGCGGAGGAUGUCCUCUCAUCUCCCCCACGUUUGCCGCGACGCUUUGGGAAAUCGACGCCUUCCUCGCAUUGGCUGCCAACAACUACUCCGCAGCCUACAUCCACACGCGCGAGUACGGCGUCACCUACAACCUCUUCGACCCUCCUGCUUCUCGUGACCCUCUCGACUCCGACUGGAAGACCGGAGCCACCUAUUACUCUGCCCUGAUGAUGAGCGAAGUCAUGUCCAAGAAUGGCUCCAUCGUCGUCGACAUGGAUAUCCAGAACUCCAAGUCAAACUCCGACAGUCAUAUCGCCACAUACGGCAUAUACGAUCUUUCCGCUUCGACAGGCUCCACGUCCAGGCUCGGCGACAUGUCGCAGGCCCAACGCGGCAAAUUCGUUUUCAUCAACUAUGACAAUUCGACGUCAACGACUUUCCAGGUCCCUGCCAAUGUAGCCUCUACCAUUGGCCUGCGUUACCUCCUUGCACCAAAGGUCACCGAGGAGACUGACAUUACGUGGGCGGGGCAAACGGUUGGAAAGGAAGGGAAGCUGAAAGGAUCGCAGGAGACGAAGUAUGUGGACUGCAGCGGUAGCGAUGGGUGCACGAUCAAAGUGCCGGGGCCAGGUCUUGUUUUGGCGCUUUUAAACCCGAAUACGACCUCUUCGUUCUACCAGGAGGCCUGAGCUAGAGCAGAGCAACGUGUCGUCAGGGAUCAUUGAUAUUGCACACAGGUCCAUUCAUAGCUUUGUUGUUUUUGGCACGUACAUUGUAUAGACAUAUUUGUAUCUUGGAACUUGUACUCUCAAUCGCACAUCCUCCCGUUUUUGAACAUUUAAAUUCCAUUGUACACAUCAGCUAAUCGAAUUCGGAGUUAAGGCGUUUUGCGUGCGUCCACUUGCGGAUAUAUAUGUUCAGUGUCGCUCCCAGUCAACGCUUCAUUCUCCAAAAGUAUGCGCCACGCUCGUAGAGCAGUAGAUGGCUCCUUCAUUUUCUGCCGCUUCUUCGUCACCGUACGAGACCAAACCGUUCCCCUGUCCCUGUCCCUGUUCGAAAGCAACAACUCUCCCUCCCGCGGUGCACUCAAUAGCUUCGACGAGUCCUCGACCUUGGCGGAAGGAGGAGGCACGUACUCUAUGGGAGACAAUACGUCCGUCACCCGAAUCACGAAAGUGUCGGUGCCGGCGUGCUUCGGGUCAGAGGAACGCUCAAUCUGGCAGCGUAAACGGCCUUGGUAAUACGGGCGGUAUAUUUGUGAUUGACCGACUCGAACCCUGUACGGGCUGCCGAAUGUGAUUGCGAGGACUUCCCCACUUCUGAGGCUUCGCACAGUCACUCUGAUGAUCCCUUGCGAGAGGUCAAUGAUAAAUGGAACCCCGACGUUCGAGAUGGGUUCUUGUACGAUGGGGCGGCCUAUGCUCUUCGUCGACGCUGUGACAAGUCCAUCUUGGAGCAGAAGACGCCACAGUAGCGCAUUCUUCUUCCGAGGAACAAGACGCCACGGUUCGUCUCCAUUAUAUUGCACCAGGUCUCUUCCUGAGGCGAAGCUGGCGGGAUCGUUGUCCUUCGUGAUGCGGAAGAAGAUCUGGCCGAUAGAGCGAGUACUGUCGUGGUCUUCUUGUACGCUGCUCGGAGACUUGGCGUGCGCGAUUUUGGAGGGCGGUGUGAUCCGCAUAGGUGUUAAACUGUUUCGACGAUAGUAGAAGAAGCCACGGGUGUGUUCCGGGAAUGGAAUGAUUUCUCGAUUCUGGUCAACAUCCUCAUAGUAGAGUAUACAAGUUCUGCGGCCAUGUUCGUGGCCUUCGGGAGAGAGGCGGUCGGACAGUGUGGUGAUGUUCAAGCGCUUCAGACCGGAAAUGUCUUGGAAGUCGGAUGGUUGGAGGCGAGAUGAAUCUAGAGUUUGGAUAACUCGAGAUUUAUGCUGCGCUCUCCGUUUAGGUUUCGGUACCUGACCGUUGCGCUCCCCUGUUGUCUGUCCUGCUUGCGAGCCAGCUUGUGUACUAAAGCUGAGGCGGCUGCGCAAUAUUCUCCACUGAGAUGAUGCGGAGUUAGUGACGUGAAGGACGCACACAAACUUGGAGGGCGUCCUUUGGAUGAAGUUGGGAAACAUGCUCUGGGGCGAACGAGGUGGUAUACCGCCUCCUACUAGGCGACUGAUCCUCGCACGAGACGGUUGAACACCUCUAACACACUGGCCGCUCCGCCCAAGAUGCGCGGACACUUGAAGAGGUUCAAGAAC